AUGGCACAGUUCUUAGUUCUUGAAAUGCGGACCAACAUCUUUGUCACCAAGGGAGCCUACUCGGGUUAUUGGGUUCCUGCAAGUUUUCUGGGAACUGAUCAAAGUUUCAGGUUACAGCACCACUCAUUUAGGAUUGACCAAGGGGGCAGCAUGGGAACACCAGCAUUUGGAAAGAAUGAGGAGAAUGUGCAUCCACUCUGGGAGAGCGUGGACCUGGUUCCUGGGGGCGAUCGACAGUCACCCAUCAACAUUCGGUGGAGGGACAGUGUUUAUGAUCCCGGCUUAAAACCACUGACCAUCUCUUAUGACCCAGCCACCUGCCUCCACGUCUGGAAUAAUGGGUACUCUUUCCUCGUGGAAUUUGAAGAUUCUACAGAUAAAUCAGGCUGUACGAGAAACAUGGUGCUCACAUCUGCAUCUGGUGAGGGCCUCAAACUGUUUCCCCUCAUGUUGGAAGGCCAAGGGGAGCCAACGUGCAGAGAUCACAUGCUGCACUUAGUGCAUUGGAACGCAGUCAAAUUUGAAAACUUUGAGGAUGCAGCACUGGAAGAAAAUGGUUUGGCUGUGAUAGGAGUAUUUUUAAAGAUUUCGGAAACUUCUGGCAGCCCAGUGUCUACUGGAAGGCCCAAGCCGCUUGCCAGAAAGCCGCGCCCCGCCCAAAAGCACUGGGUUCUACAGUCCAGGCCCUUCCUCAGCUCCCAGGUCCAGGAGAACUGCAAGGUCACCUACUUCACAGGAAGCACUGGGUCCGCAUCCGGCCCCUCCCCACCACUCCUCCCAGCUGGGACUACGCCCUCAUCUGCAUCUAGAGAGAGAUGGUCCCCGCCUGCAUCCACGUCCCUAGAGAGAUGGUCCCUGAGGCCUGGAGGUGCUUUCCCAACAGGCUGCCGCUGCUGAGCAACAUCAGGCCUGAUUUCUCCAAGGCUCCCCUGGCCUACAUGAAGCGGUGGCUUUGGACCGCCCGCCACCCCCACAGCCUGUCCGCAGCCUGGUGACCGUGAAAAUCUCCCCGCCAGAGAGCAGAGGAAGCCCGACGCCCAGGCCAUCUGCCUUCAGGUCUGUGAUGAGAAACGGAGUGGCCUGUUCCGUUGUGCCCAGGUCUAGGCCGCUGAUCAGAGCCCCCACUCCCAGGCAGAGUUGUCUGAAUCCUUCCUGGCGGCCGCCUGCUGCCCUGACGCCUCAGGCUUGCCUGCACCUGGAAGGAGCUUCGCCAGGUGGGCCAUGAGCCUCUGAGCACACCCAGCCUGCUGCCCGGCUCCAAGAGUCAGGCCCCUGCCACCACCUCCUGAGCCUCCAGCCCUCAGCAACUUCACCCUACUGACCGCGGUUCCACCCCCACACCAGCCACCGGCCCCACUGGGGCACUUCCCACUGCUCCAGCUGACCACUCAGCGAGCCCCAGGCCCACCUCUCCUCUCCCUUAAAGCCCUUCCCUUGCCCUUGCCCAUUCGCUCCUGCCUUCUCCCUGGGGACAGAAGGCAUGCUUCUCCCCAGUUUCCGCAAUAAAAUAUUUGUUGUUAAUAA